AUGCGUGGGGCUAACGUUUGGAAUGGAGGCUUGUUGGCCUCAAGAGUUUGGGCUGGUCGCGUCUCUCAGAUGCGGUCACAUCUGUGGCCGUUGAAAAAAGCUCUAUGCUCGAUCUCAGGUUCGGGGUUCGUGCGGUGGAAAAAAAAAGUGUCAACGGUGUGA